AAAGAUAUGCCUGUUUGACUGUCAUGGUCAUGGAUGAUGGAAAAGCAACCGUCAAACAACAGUGUCCUUGAUCAGUUUAUUAAUAGCCAGGAACAGACAUAUGAAGAAUUUCUCAGCACGUUCACUUAUCUUUGGAAAGGAACAAGACCAAUACUGGCAUCCUACUGACGGUUGUCCACCAAGCAGCAAGUGUUUCCUAGUGUAAUUUCCCGCAUCCAAUGGGUUUUCAGGAAUGCUUUGGAAAACCAAACCAGGAACAUGCCAGCAGAGGGUGAUCUGCAGUCUGCCCUAAGAGGUGAAAAUGAAAAGCCGAGUAUCUGAAAUGGAUUCCAUAGAAAAUACAUUUUCAAUGCUUGAGUUGUCAAACAGAAAUAAACAGAAUGUCUCUCCUGUAAGAAACAAAGAGCCAUCAGUGUCUCUCUCAUCACAGACUGUGGAUGAAGACCAGAUAAUGAUGGGUGAAGGCUGGAAAGUUGGCUGCUCUAACCAAGGUGACCUCAGUCUGGCAAGAAGAGUGAAGGUGGACAAUUACUUGGAGUUGGAAGAUUUUGACACAGAUGAUGAAUUCGGUCAAGGGACAUAUAGUGCAGGGUCAUUAGUGUUUCCAGGAGAGGUGGAACAGACAGCGACUUGCUAUACACCUUCCUUUGAUCAGCCUACUAAUCUGGAGUUCGGGACCUUGUCAAUUACACAACCAUCAAUCAGCAAAACACAAGAGCUCUGUGGGGAUGAAGUUCAGCUGUUCUCCCUUGAUGAAGAAUUUGACUAUGACAGUGUGGCAUUGACCCCCAGGUUCUCUGAGGCUGAGAUGAAGGCCAUUAUAAACUUGUCUGAACAGAAAAAAGUAAGGAUCGGCCUUAAGUCACCAGGAUCUGAAGACUGAAGCUGACGUACCUUGCUGGGCAUUCUCUGUUAUUCAGCUGGAAAAAUAUUUUUAAGGGGAAAAUCCAACUCCCUCUUCUGCAAUCAUAGAGGGCUCUUUUGCAAUGAAGCCAGUGUGGGCCUGUCAUAGAACCUGUGGGAUGUUCAUAUACCCUGUGCAGCACUGAGCUGAAGUAGCCUCCCCGUAGUAUUAUUUUUUAUUAUUUGUAUUACUGUAGUGCCUAGGAGCUCUAAUCAUAAAUCAGGACCCCAUUGUGAUAGCUGCUGUUCAAACACAGAACAAAAAGGUGGUCCCUGCUCCAAAGAGCUUACAAUCUAAGCAUAGCAGCUCCACCGCCUGGAGGGUAGAUUCCUCUCUCUCUGCCCCCUUUACAUAUCCCUAGAGCAACUUGCCUAGGUACUCACACUGGAUGCUGGGGUCUGGAUUGGUUCCUAUAUGCAUACAAUUCCUAUAUGUGUCGGUGGGUUUUGAAAGACUUAAGCCCUGGUUCUCAGCCCCAGUUCUAGUUGCUUUGUUGUUCUCUGGAAGCACAAAGCAACAGGAAUGGCUCCUUAAAAGGCAGCUAGGAAUUCCUGUGUUGAAGAAAAAUCCUUGAGUGGCAUAUAAUGUGUGCAGUGCUAGAAUAAUGAUUCCUUAGGGGUCAGAAUAAACUGGUGUAAAUUAGA